AUGCUUGAAGUAGUUCUUAACGAUGCAGAGGAGAAGCAAGUCACCAAUGGUUCAGUCAAAGAAUGGCUUGAAGAGUUGAAAGAUGCUGUUUUCGAUGCAGAGGAUUUAUUUGAUGAAAUCAACACUGACUUCCUGAGAAGAGUGAUCACUAUUUGGGGAAUGGGUGGUGUGGGGAAAACAACCCUUGCACAACUCCUUUACAAUGACAAGGAAGUGGGACAACAUUUCGAUUUGAGCUGGGCUUGUGUUUCAAACAAUUUUAAUGUUUUUGAUGUUACCAAGAAUCUGGUUGAAUCUGUCACUUCAAAAGUCUAUCACAAUAAAAAUUUAGACUUACUUCGGGUUGAACUGAAAAAUUGCUUGACCAAUAAAAAAUUUCUUCUUGUGGAUGACAUAUGGAAUGAUAAAUAUAGUGAUUGGGAUGAUCUGGUAACUCCUUUUCGCUGUGGAAGAAGGGGCAGCAAGAUCAUUGUAACAACUCGCCAACAAAGAGUUGCUGAAAUCACACGUACGUUUCCUGUAUAUAACUUGACUCCUCUCUCAAAUGAAAAUUGUUGGCAUUUACUUGCCAAGCAUGCUCUUAGAAAUGAAGAUCCCAACAAAUAUACAGUGUUAGAAGCAAUUGGUAAGAAAAUUGCAAGAAAACGUGGUGGUCUACCAAUAGCUGCCAAAACAAUUGGAGGUCUUUUGCGUUGA